CGACGCUUGGGGUGGAUGAUGGCGGACAGCGCGAGCGAGAGCGACACGGACGGCGCGUGCGGCGGCUCGACGGUUCCUCCGUGCGCCUCGUCGUCCUCCGGCGAGCCGGGCGUCGUGAUCUCGCCGUUCCGCCUGGAGGAGCUGACGAACCGCCUGGCGUCCCUGCAGCAGGAGAACAAGGUGCUGAAGAUCGAGCUGGAGACGCUGAGGCUGAAGUGUAAAGCCCUGCAGGAGGAGAACCGAGACCUGCGCAGGGCCAGCGUCACCAUCCAAGCCAGGGCAGAACAAGAAGAGGAAUUCAUCAGUAACACCCUGUUCAAGAAGAUUCAGGCUCUGCAGAAGGAGAAAGAAACGCUAGCCGUCAAUUAUGAGAAGGAAGAGGAAUUCCUUACCAACGAGCUGUCAAGAAAACUUAUGCAACUCCAGCAUGAGAAAGCCGAGCUGGAGCAGCACUUGGAGCAGGAGCAGGAGUUCCAGGUCAACAAGCUGAUGAAGAAGAUCAAGAAGCUGGAGAACGACACCAUCUCCAAACAGCUCACCUUAGAACAGCUCAGGCGAGAGAAGAUUGACUUGGAAAACACAUUGGAGCAGGAGCAGGAGGCCCUGGUCAACCGGCUGUGGAAGCGCAUGGACAAGCUGGAGGCAGAGAAAAGGAUCCUGCAGGAGAAACUGGACCAGCCGGUGUCCGCCCCGCCGUCGCCCAGGGACAUCUCUAUGGAGAUCGACUCCCCGGAGAACAUGAUGAGGCACAUCCGUUUCCUGAAGAGCGAGGUGGAGAGGCUGAAGAAGAACCUCCGCACGGCCGAGCUGCAGCACACAGAGAAGCGGGCCCAGUACAUCGAGGAGGAACGGAUCAUGCGCGAGGAGAACCUGCGUCUACAGAGGAAGCUGCAGCGGGAGGUGGAGCGCCGUGAGGCUCUGUGCAGACAGCUCUCCGAGAGUGAGUCCAGCCUGGAGAUGGACGAUGAGAGGUACUUCAACGAAAUGUCGGCCCAGGGUCUUCGUCCUCGCACAGUGUCCAGUCCGAUUCCGUACUCACCCUCCCCGAGUUCCAGCAGACCCAUAUCACCAGGCCUAUCCUUUGCCAGUCACACAGUGGGCUUUACCCCUCCAACUACACUGACCCGGGCAGGCAUGUCCUACUACAACACGCCUGGCCUGCACGUGCACGUGGGGGCCUCACAUGGAAUUGCGAGGCCGUCGCCAAGAAGAAGCAACAGUCCGGACAAGUUCAAGCGUCCGACCCCCCCUCCUUCUCCCAACACCCAGGCUGGGGUGGUGCAGCCCGGACCUCCUCCGCCCCCGGCCCCCGCGCAUCUGGCCAGCAUUCAUGCGGCACCGCCAGCCUCCCAGCCGUAGGGCCCUGGGAUUGAACCUGCACCGGGGCUCCUGCAUCACUACCCUCUGUACAUGGAGUCGCCUUCCUCCUCUUGCACUGAGAAUCAUAUAGGCGUCACUGUGAUUCUCUACUGUGUUCAUCAGUUUUUUUUUUAGGUUUUUGUUUCCUGAUUUAUUCCAUCCACCAACCCUGUGCAGCUCUUUGGUCAUAACAUCAAUUGCAACACUAAACUGGCUCCUUGUUUUUCCUUUCUUUUUUUUUUUGAAAUGUGGAGGGUUCAUGGCUCUUGGUGAAGUGCACGCUCACUUUUGUGAGUGUGAGGGAGGGAAACACUCACCAGUCCGGCAUUCCUCUUGGCCCUGGGUGAGGUUUUUGUCCAGCGCAGAGACCACAGACUAUGUGAGCCCUGCCCCCGAACCCACCCUAACUUUGCUUACAGACAACUAAUUGAACGCAAGGUACUGGUAAGGAAAAGGCGAAAUGCAUAACGCUAGUUUUUUGUUUGUCGUCCCCCAUCCCCGACACCCUCCAUGUUGCUGUGUGUAAAUUUGAGGCCGGCAACAGUGCUGCUGAGAGACCGCUGGGCGGGGAAUCGUAGGACUGUGUGGCACAGUGCUUCAGGUGGAGGUUGAGCAUGCACAGGGGCUCUGCCGCCAGUCUGGCACUCACCACCCCACCGCUUGUGAAUCAAGAUGAUCAGUCAGAGACGUGGUGGCAUCGGAGUCCACUCUGCUCGUGCCUAAUGGAGGGGGAAACCCACUCACGCAGUCGAAUGCGUUUGCUAGAUCUGGAUGUGAAUGAAGAGGGUGUAUUUACCUGGCCCGGCCUGAGCAGGCAAACCAUUUUUUUUGUUUUUUUGUUUGUUUUUCCUUAUAAGCUCUAAGGGAGAAAGAAUAGUUUACAUAUAUGCUGCUGUUGGUUUAUUGCACAGAUUGAAUGUGCUGACUCAGCACGUGUACUGGUGCACCUGCUGUUGUGAGCAGGUGCUUGUGUGUGUCGUAAUGAAAUGCCUUGGUCCAGAGGGAAACAGAGCGGAGCACGUAGAUUCUUGUCCUCAGUUCUUCUCCACCCAGAUUUUUUCCUAAACAGUGUCUAACUGGCACCACUGUGACUUUUGCUCCACCUACCCUUCCAGAAUGUGUUGUUGAAGUACAGCUUUGUGGAUUGAUUUUAAAAAGAUUUGUAUUGCAUACCCCCUCGAGACACAACUCACUCAGUGAGAGAAAGUGUAAAUAGAACCUCUUCUUUUUGUAAGCUUUGUGAAGUGUGCAGGGAAGGUUAGUCUGUUUCGAAGCAUUUGAACCUGUCCUCAUGCCUCCUGUGUGUUUGUGAUCGCGUCUUAGACCCUGUCCAUGGGUGAUGCUAGCUUUCACUCAUUUUCAUGACCGGUUUCACUUUACCAAAUGCCUAUCAGUUAGUGCAGCUAAAAUGCAGAACAAGAAAAUCAAGCACUUACUGUAUAUAGUGAAAAAUGCUAAUUUAUCGCAAAAUCGCAGUGGAUCAACGAAAUCAGUGGAAUGAAGAUAAAAUUGCUGGUACUAAGCAUUUCCAUUGUAGUUGAGGCCCUGACAUUUCGAGAGAUUCUGGGUCUAAGUGACGCCAGCUCUGCCACUCUGAGAGAACAUGGCUACUGAGUGACUGACUCGGUACAAGUGUGUCGUUCAUGGGUGUAUGUGUGGUGUUUUUGGUUUUCUUUGUCAUGCAAAUCUGUCAUAAGACCCUGGAAACCAGGGAUGAUUUUUUUUUAUUUAAAAAAAUUCUUUGUUUACCUUUUUAUUCAUUUCAAUGUAAAUAUUCAUUUAGAUGUUGAGAGGAAAAAGAAGUAUUUAGUUUUACCCUGAAGUGUUCACAUGCAUUUCUAGUUUGGGUUUCUGGUUUUACAAGAGGUUGGAUUACACCAGUUUUGUUGUUACCGUUUUCUUUUUAAGACAAUUGACGAAUGAAUGUAACUUUUUCUCAUGUUUUACUGCUGUCUUUAAUGGGUGGGACACCUUUGAGCCUUAACUCACUGUGGUAUUGCUAAAUGUAAGCAUUAUCUAGCUUAUCCCCACAUCAAAUAAUUAAAGCCUUAAUAUGUGGUCCCA